UACAAAUUCAAAGUAAAGUAGGCACCACUGCGCAAAUACCUUACUCUAAAAUUUCUGACCAAAGUUUGGUCUUGCUAAUAUUCAUAAAACUUCGUACUAUUUAUAGAUCACUCAGCAAUGGUGUUUACCAACUACGAUAUACAGAUUCACUCGAACAAUAUCAAGUUUACUGUCACAUGACUGUAUUAUCUGGAUGUGGCCAAGGAGGUUGGACAUUAGUAAUGAAAGUGGAUGGGAACAAGGUAUACGGAUAAUCUUAUAUCCUAACGUAAUCUCUUUGAAUGCAGAAACAUGGCAAACAAAUAAUAUAUAGAAAAAUGGGUACACUUAAUUUUUGCUUUGCAGAAUGACUUCAACUACAGCUCUCCUUACUGGACAAACAAGGAAACCUACGCAGUUGAAGAUGGACUUGAAGGUUUGAAUGAAAAACAAACAAAACUUGCUUCUUACUGGAACACACCGUUUAACAAAAUAUGCCUUGGAAUGAAAGUCAAUGGUGCUACAAAAUGGAUAGCGUCAAACUACGCCUCCAACUCGUUACAUAGUGUGAUCGUAGAUGGGACGUUUAAAGGAACAACCUUUGGAAAGGAAGCAUGGAAGUCUCUUAUCGAUGGUUCGUCUCUGCAAGAAAACUGUGAUGUAGAAGGAUUCAAUAUACAAGAGGCUUACACGCGUGGACCCAGGCGGUGGUACAUGAACAUACGAAUUGGUUUGCUGGCAAAUAAUCAAAACAACUGCAAUAGUGUAACUCGUGCAUUGGCUUUGGAACUUCA